UUUCUCCCACAUCUCAUUCUUCAUCUCCUUCUAUCACCCAUUCAUACUUUUUCUUACAUUCUGAAAUCAAAUCAAGAGCUCUGUCAUUGUGUAAGUUAUUUCACAGAGAAAGGUAAAGAUGUUGGGAAUUUUCAAGGAGAAGUUGGUUAAUGCACCGAAGGAGCUGAAGAGUCCAGCUUCUACGAGUGGGUGCAGUAAGCCUAAGCUAAGCAAUGAAAUCCUGAAUGAUUUCAUGUCCUCCAAUUCUUCCAAUGCUUUUUCAAUGUGCUUUGGAAAUGAUGCUUUGGUAGCCUAUUCCCCUUCAAACAGCAACUCCACUCAUCACAGAUUCUUCAGUGGUUUGGAUGACAUAUACUGCGUUUUCAUGGGUGAGCUGCACAACCUUAGUAGGCUGAACAAGCAAUAUGGGCUAUCAAAGGGAGCAAACGAGGCCAUGUUCAUCAUUCAAGCAUAUCGAACACUUCGAGACAGAGGUCCAUACCCUGCUGAUCAAGUCCUCAGUCAACUCGAAGGCAGUUUUGGAUUUCUCAUCUAUGACCACAAGAAUGGAACUGUUUUUGUUGCAUCUGGUUCCAAUGGCCAGAUUGGGCUCUACUGGGGUGUUGCAGCCGAUGGUUCGAUAGUGAUUUCUGAAAAUGUGGACCUUAUAAAAGCAGGCUGUGCUAAAUCAUUCGCACCAUUUCCAACUGGGUGUAUGUUUCACAGUGAACAUGGUCUGAUGAACUUUGAACAUCCGACGAGGAAGAUGAAAGCAAUGCCAAGAAUUGACAGCGAGGGGGUUAUGUGUGGGGCAAACUUCAAUGUUGACUCUCAAUCAAAGAUCCAAACGAUGCCGCGUGUUGGAAGUGAAGCUAACUGGGCUACUUGGGGAUAAUAAGAAACCAGGCAGCAGUGUUGAAGAUGACUAAGGUUGUUUGUAAUAUGAAUAACAGGAGAUUUUAGUUUUUCAGUUUGAAAUUAUUAGGCGUGUAUUUGCUUUCGUUGUAUUCAGAAAAUGAAGUGGAGCUUUAGAAACAUAGUUUGAGUACAGGUGCACAUAUUUGCUCCCAUGAUUGUUCACAGUAUGAUUAUGUUGUCCGUCAACAUAAAUUGCGGCAAAUAGAUCCUGAACUAUAAUCCUUUGCUUAGAAUAUUUUGCAUACAAAUAGCACAUAUAUGUGUGUAAAUAAAUUUACCGCUGGUUGCUUUUGUCCGA